AUGUCCGACGAGGAGAAGGAGGAGGAACAACCGUUCGCCGUUGAAACGGCGAAGACUGGCCGUGCAAAAUGCAAGAAAUGCAAGUGUCCGAUCGAGAAGGACACGGUGAGGAUCGCGAAGCUGAUGGCGAAUCCGUUCAGCGAGGGUAAAAUGAAGGCCUGGCACCAUGUCACCUGUCUGUUCGAGGUUUUCGCGAAACAGAGGGCCACUACCAAACGAAUAGACGAUCCAGAGGUGGACAUUAAUGGAUGGACAGAUCUCUGCGACGAGGACAAACGGACGAUCCUGCUGAAGAUCGAGGAAUUCGAGAAUUCGGCCCCGUUUAAGACGCCCAAAGGAAAAACGGAAGAUUCACAAAAGAAACGGAAAACGUCGACUCCUGUUAAAGGGACGUCCAUCGACGAGAAACCAAAGAAGGUUAAGAGGGACCGUUCGACGUCGAAGGAGGGCUCGUCGGAUGGCUCGCAUAGAUCGAAGAAGGUUCGCGACGAGCCUCCAGGACCGAGCAGAGACGAUUCGUUCGAGGAAUUUCAGAGGGUCUGCAAGGAUGUCGCGAAACUGGACGCGUAUACGGAUAAAACGGCGGUGGUUAGGAGGAUGCUGACCAAUGGAUCCGAUGGCGCUGGUUUCAAAGGGGACGCGAUCCUCUGGUGCAGAUUGCUGCUCCCAGGGGCGGUAAAAAGGGUCUACAACCUGCAGAGCAAACAGCUGGUCAAACUGUUCUCUCGCCUGUUGCUGCAGGACGAGGACGAGAUGCUCGAGCAUCUGGAGAAAGGCGACGUGGCCGAGACCAUUCGAGUGUUCUUCGAGAAAAGCGUCGUCGUGCAGCCUGCUCGUAAGAGCGUGCUCACCGUGCAAGAGGUGGACCAGUUCUUGGAGGAUCUGACCUGCUUGACCAAGGAGGACGAGCAGAUUCUCCACUUCCGUUCGAUCGUUUCGAGAUGCACUUCGGACGAUUUGAGGAUGAUCGUUAGACUGAUCAAGCACGAUCUUAGGAUCAACGCCGGGCCGAAGAACAUCCUCGCCGCUGUGGACAACGACGCGUACAAGGCUUUCCAAACCUCGAGGGACCUGGUCACAGUCUUGGAGCGGUGUUUGCAGGGUUCCAAAAUCGGGAAACCGUCCUCCUCCUCUGCGGGAUCGUCUUCCGGCAACAAGGUCUCACUUUCUUUGAUGACGCCCGUAUUACCAAUGCUGGCGGAAGCUUGCAAGUCCGUGGAGAUGGCGAUGAAGAAGUGUCCGAACGGAAUGCUUUCCGAGGUGAAGUACGACGGUGAACGGGUCCAAGUGCACAAGAGGGGCGGCGAGUUUCGAUAUUUUAGCAGAUCCCUAAAACCAGUGCUUGCUCAUAAAGUGAACCACUUCAAAGAAUAUAUACCAAAGGCCUUCCCAGAUGGCGACGAUCUGAUUCUGGACUCCGAGAUCCUGAUGAUAGACACCAAGACCGGUCAGCCGCUGCCGUUUGGCAGUUUGGGCAUUCACAAGAAAUCUGAGUUCAAGAACGCCAACGUCUGCCUCUUCGUUUUCGACUGCAUCUACUACAACGGUGACGUUCUGUUGCACAAGACCAUGACGGAGCGAAGGGAAAUCUUGCAGAAGAGAAUGACCGAAAUACCAAACAGGAUAAUGCUGUCGGAGGUCCAGAUAGUCCAUGAUCCGCGAGAUUUGGCGGAAAUGAUUGGCAAGGUUCUCAAAAUGGGUCUCGAAGGAUUGGUCCUCAAGGAUAUUUCUAGCAAAUACGAGCCGGGCAAGAGGCACUGGCUCAAGGUAAAAAAGGACUACCUGUUCGGCGGCGCGAUGGCCGAUAAUGCAGAUCUCGUGGUUCUCGGCGCAUGGUACGGAACAGGAAACAAGGGUGGAAUGAUGUCCGUGUUCUUGAUGGGUUGCUACGACGAGGAGCACCGCCAGUGGGUAACGGUGUCAAAGGUGCAUACGGGCCACGACGACGCGACGAUGACCAUGCUGCAGGACGAGCUCGACAUGAUCAAGAUCGGUAAGGAUCCCAGCAAAGUACCGCCCUGGCUGCGCGCGAACAAGCCUAUGAUUCCGGAUUUCGUGGCGAGGGAUCCAAAGAAACAGCCGGUGUGGGAGAUAACGGGUGCAGAGUUCACGAACCAGGGUGUUCACACCGCGGACGGUAUCAGCAUCCGAUUUCCACGAGUCACUCGUAUUCGCGACGACAAGGAUUGGUCCAUGGCCACUACGCUGAACGAGCUUCGGGAUCUCUUCAAGAAGAGCUCCGACUCGAUAGACCUUAGCCUCCUUCUGCCCUCCGGUUCCGGAGACGUGAAGAAAGAAGGAGAUGGUAGCAAACCGGGGAAACUCGAUGCCUAUUUAACCGCGGAGAAGAGAAUCGACGAGAAGCCCGAGUCUCCGAUGAAAAGGAACAAAACACCGAGGGCGUCGAACACUCCCACCUCGUCGAAGCAGAUAAAUGAGGUAGACAGAAGCGGGAAUACUACCUGGAAUGGAAAAAUGAAAGAGGAACCGCGCGAUGGAGUGAAAGCGGACACGUCGAGCCGAGAGCAGGAAGUGGAGGAGGAGGUGGAACGGCCGAAGUAUUACGCGUUCGUGAACGGGGACUACAUAGAAUAUUCCGGAGCUGGAGCGCCACUGAAUUGGGUGGAGGGUCGAAAACCUACGGACGGUCUCCCUACGGAUGCGAAGCCAUUAUCCAGCCUAGGGGACAACGAAUUGAAAUCGAGAACGAUCCUGAAGGGAGCCCCGGUCCUCCUGGCGUCAGGGUUCAGGAAGACCAAACGGAAACACAUUCGCAGGCUGCUGAAAACCCUCGGGGCCAGACUCUUGAGGGACCAGGAGAGAUCGAUGGCGACGCACGUGAUUCAUCCCUGCAAGGAGAUCUCGUCCUCCGCGGUCCAUGAAUAUGAGGACGUAUCGAGGACUGCCAGACACGUAAGCGUCGAAUGGUUGGAGGCGUCAGCUUCAGCAUCACGGAUCCAGGGAACGGAGGAACACGCCGUGGAAUUGACUGGGGAUUACUGUGUCUGCCCCUGUCGACACCGAUAA